UUUGAUGCGCAGAAGCCGGAAUACUGGAUGCAGUAUGCUGAGCUUUAUCAGGAGUGGAUGCGUCGGGGCACCCAGCAGAAAUAACUGAGACGGCAUUCGAAUGUAUUCUCCGAAAGUGUUACGGAAGUGUUACUCGAAAAAUCCAGUGUAUCAAAUAAAAAUUAUUUUCAUUAUUAAGUGCAUUCAUCUUAUCUUCGUAUCUUAUCACUUAAUCUCUAAAAAUAAAAAAAGAAGCGUGCUAACGUUAUUAAUGUGAUCGACGCUGAUAUAUUAAAUGUACUGAAACCUAAUCACACACAAUUUACGUUUAUUAACAAAUUGCGCUAUUAAAAGCAAGUAUCAUGCAACUGUUUAAAUAAGAAACUCAUUAAACAAAUAGCUGAUAUCAAUGAAUUAAAUAUCAAUAAAUGGCUGAUGAUUAUGCAUUGUAUCUUGAAGUACCGGCACUGCACAUAUCGUGCCAAAUGAAAGACUGCCGGAAACAUAUAUUCACAAAACGUUAAGAACAUUGAUGUGUGAGAUGUGUAUGAAUUGUAGCAUCCGAGUGUUGGAAAACCGCGGUUAAAAGAAGCUCUCGGAACUCCUCACAAAAUUGUUUAUAGAAUCUGGGUGGCAGUCCAAUAAAUGACUUGCGUCUACACGUCUCAUCAAGUAAAACAUGUUAUUCCUUUUAACUCGAUAGACAGGUACGCAUUAAUGAAGAAUUCAAGAACCUUGUUUGACGAGUUUUUUAUAAAUCUAAUUUUUAAAAAUUAAAGACGUUUACGUUAUGUUUAUAAAAAAAGUUGGUAAAGUAUAAUAAUUAUUUCGUUAGAGAAAAUACCUUUUUCAUCAUACCUAUUUAUUAAGAGGUUUUUCUUCUUUUUUUUAUUAUAAAAAUUAUUGAAAAAUAUUGUAUCAAACCAAAGCGACAUAUAUUUCAUUUUUCUCGAAUUAUAUUUGACCAAUUCAGUCGUGAAUUAUUAUUAUUAAAUGUAUCGUAAAACUUGUCUGGGAAUUGUACACAUAAAAUGAGUAUAGAGAGAAACAUAAAACUCUCCGAUUUCCCAUUCGAUUUCUAAUGUGUACUGUUCAAAAGUAUAAAUCGAAGUUCCAUCACUAUCAGAAAUACAAAAUAUUAUAUCGAGAAUUCUCUUAUGAUAACAUACACAAUAAUUAUUUACGUUUAAAGAAUAACCGUUACUGUUAUGUUAUUUUACAAAAAAAAAGUAGUUAAGAUUGCAAAUCGUAUCGGAUUUUUUGCAAUGACGCAAAAAAGAUAAGAACUUUUCCUACACAAUUAUCAUCAUAUUGUUAAGAGAUAGUUCUCAAUUUUAUAAUAAAAUAAAUGUCAAUAAAAAAAACGCAACUCAAAAAAUAUUUACUGGAUAAUUUGUAUUUUUCAAUAAAACAAUGAAAUUUUAGGCAAUCAAUCAUAACGCGUCUGUGUAACAUAAUUUGAAUCAAUAGUUGCGCAAUAAUGGGUAUUUUCCAUUUAGUAACACGAGUUGGCACAAACAUCGUUCUAUCUUUUUUGGUCACUCAAUGAAUAACAAGGACAGAACUUAUAUCAUGUCAAGCAUUUAACGAUUCGUAAAAAUCUCUGAAGGAUUUCCUGCGCGCGAUAAGCGCACAGUUUCCCUGUAACCUUUUCUAUUUUACAUCUCGUGACAUACGAUAAGAAGACAAAGUGAUUCAAUUAAGCAAUAAUAAAGUAAACCGAGAAACAUAAAAAUAUUACUCGCUUUCUGUCCUUUUACAUCAAUAAGACUAUAAAAUGCGUAAAUUAAUUCUACUAAAACCUGUUUAAAAGUAAUGAAAUUAGAGCUGUUUAACUUAAAAGGAUACAAAUCUUAUCUCUUCCAAAAUUUAAUAUGUCAAAAAAAUUUUUAUUUUUUUAACAUAAUUUCGUAGAUGUUUGAAUCUCCGAAUAUCAAACAUUAAUCUUGCUUCAAUUUCAAGUUCAGUCCUUAUGUCAAUAGUCCAAGAGAAAACGCGUAACAUUGAAAUACUCUCUUUCGCUCUCACUCUCUUUCUUCUCUCGUAUAGAAUACAUUAAUGUUCUUCCAGGUCAUUGUACACGAUGCAAACUAUUAUGCUACCUACGUUCGGUACGAUUGUACUGCCUCAUGGUUUUCUUCUCAUUGGCGACUUAGCUUAAGACCAGACCCGUAAACACGAUGACUGAGAAUACAACGUUAGAUGAAUUCGAUGAUAUAAUCGAUAAUUUGAUUCAAAGUGCCGAACGGUAUUAUAACCCGAUUCUCGUAGUCCUGGGUCUAUUGGGCAACUGUAUAUCCAUGUACGUGUUUCUCGGUACAAAACUGCGUUAUUCCUCAUCCAGCAUUUACUUGGGAGCGCUAGCAAUAAGUGACAGCGGUUAUCUAAUACUGGGAGUUUUCGCGCCCUGGCUAAAAUGGAUGACACUGGACAUAUUUAAUCGGCAGGGCUUCUGUCAAUUCUUCAUGUAUCUCGGCUAUUUUUGUAUUUUCCUUAGCGUAUGGCUUGUGGUAGCUUUCACCGUCGAACGAUACAUAGCAGUCAAGUGGCCACUUCGUCGGCGGUUCUUGUGCACGGUAGUUCGUGCGAAGAUGACGGUGAUGGGAUUAAUGGCAUUAGCGAUUCUGCUGAACAGCCCAAUCCUCUUCUUUUCUAAACUUAACAAAACUAAUAAAAAUUCAACGUCCUGCGGCUUGACAGAUGAGUAUUUGAAAUCCUGGUAUCCCACCUUUAACAUCUUCGACACUAUCCUAACAUUCAUCGUGCCCCUAACUAUGAUAGUGAUCUUUAAUACAUUGAUAGCGCGUAAUAUCUACAAGCUCGACAAUGUUCGAAGAACCUUGACUAUAGAAUCUGAUGUUUCCAACGACAGAACUUAUACUUCACGAGACAGGAUGCCACAGACUAAAGUUACAAAAAUGCUUCUGGUCGUUUCGACCGCGUUCUUCUGUCUCAAUAUGCCUUCGGUCGUCACCAGGAUACUGUCGCUGUCGUUUAUUUUUAUCUACACUCAAAGGGAAAUAUUAUGGCUCAGACGGGCACAACACAUAUCUCAAUUAUUAUUCUCGACAAGUUUUGGAAUAAACUUCAUUCUUUAUUGCGUAAGCGGACAAAAUUUUCGCAGAGAAAUAGUUCGCAUGUGUGGGAAGCGUUCGAGUACUGAGAGAAGUGGAACUCUCAUGCAGAUGACGAGUCAUGAAAAACAGUGUGAUAGGCACUUAAUUACACGAUUAUAAUAAGUUUCAGAAUUCACGCACAAAUACAAUUCAACAAUAAAACGACAUCCUGUAGACAAUGCGCGACAGCAUUGUCAGGAGACACAAAAACUCCCAGUGAAAGGAUUAUGACAUAAUAAAUCAUCAGUUUCAUAUAACCGAAUAAA